AUGCGGUUGCCCGGCUAUUUACUCGCGCUGGUUUUGAUUCGAGAAUUUACAAUAGAAGCACAAACGCUAAGCCCUCCGAUUACGGAUCGCUUCAAGUGCUUGACGAACGGAUGCUGCGAUCAUCAUGAGUGGUGUCGAUUCUGGGCGUCGAUCGGCGAAUGCAAUGCGAACAAAGAUUGGAUGUCAGACAAUUGUCAGCUGGCAUGCGGAACUUGUACGGCGCCACCGGCACCGCUACUGACAACCACAACUGCUCCUCCAACAGCUGUGAACAGCAACACUGCGCCAUCCACACAGUCGUCUGUAACAAUUCCGCCAUCGUCACUAACACCAGUGCAAUCAUGUGCAAAAGUUCGCGAGAGUAUUGCGCAAGCAUCGGAGCUCAUGUCGAUAUCGGGACUCAUCAAUCCGGUCGAAGACAAUUUCGGAAGGAAUAUGCUCUCGAUCGACGACAUCACUAGAAGUGUGCCGACAGGAUGCGUUCCGCAACUCUCGGAAGCCGGUGUGGAUUGCAACAAAAACUUGUGCUAUCAUUUGAUGUAUCGAACGCUUGAUGGAACGUGCAACAAUCUUGAGAAGCCGAUGCGAGGCGCCGCGUUCCGUCCAUUCAUUCGGCAUUUUCCGUCGCAAUACGAUGACGGCAAAGGCGAGCCAGUUGCUUCCAUUAAGAAAAAUCGGCCACCGGCGAGAGAGGCCAACCGCGUUAUGCUCUCAUCGGCUCAAUCUGUCGUUCACGAUAAAUUCAAUAAUAUGAUGAUGCAAUGGGGUCAGUUCAUGUCGCACGACAUGUCCAAGACCACUCUUCAACCGUCGGCAAACUGCAAGACAUGCGAUCCGGUGCCGUCAAAAUGCAUGCCGAUUCCGAUUGGAAGCAGUGAUCCCAACAUUGGAUUCAAAUCCAAACAAUGUCUGAAAGUGUCGAGGUCCGCGCCGAUUUGUCGAGUCGAACCACGAGAGCAGCUCAAUGAGAAUACUGCGUACAUCGAUGGAUCGAUGAUCUAUGGAAGCUCGCCGAAAGAUCUUCACAAAUUCCGAGACGGUCGUACCGGAUUCUUGAGAAUUACCAACUUCAAUAACCAAAACGUUUUGCCGUUCGAUCAAUCGAAAUGCCCAAAUAAGGACAAGUGCACCGCAUCGUUUACUGCAGGCGAUAUUCGCGCAAAUCUAUUCAUUGGACUCUCAUCUCUUCACAUAUUGUUCGCUAGAGAACACAAUAGAGUGGCACGAAAAUUGACAGCGUUGAAUCCGACGUGGAGCGGUGAUCGUGUGUUCCAGGAAGCGAGAAAAAUUGUGGGAGCUCAAAUUCAGAAUAUUUUAUACAAGGAAUAUCUACCAAAAUUGUUCGGAAACUCAUUUGACAAGGUUGUUGGAACCUACAAAGGCUACGAUCCGAAUGUGGAUUCGACGAUCGCCAACGAGUUCACGACGUCGGCUUUCAGAUUCGGUCACGGAAUGAUUGAGGAAUUCUACAAACGCGUCGAUUUUUCCGGCAACAAUAUCACACACGGCGGCUUUUUCUUCGGCGACGGCGUAUUCAAAUCGGGCAAAAUUCUGUUCGAGGGCGGCGUCGAUCCAAUCAUGCGCGGUUUUAUGACGACGGCUGUGAAGCGGCCGCAUCGAAUGACACCCGCCAUUACUGAAAAGAUGUUUGGAAGCACCGAUCUCGGUUCAUUGAACAUUCAAAGGGGACGCGAUCAUGGUAUUCCAUCGUACAAUAAAAUGAGAACAUUCUGUGGUAUGAAAUCGGCAACCACUUUUGAAGAGUUUGGAGAUUUGAUAUUGGAUAGAAAUCUGCGCGCUGGUUUAGCUAGAAACUAUAACACUACUGACGACGUCGACUUCUAUGUCGGAUCGAUGCUUGAAGACCCGGUGGUUGGCGGUCUUGUUGGCAGCACACUGAGCUGUGUAAUCGGAGAGCAAUUCAAACGAUUGCGCGACGGCGAUAGAUUCUUCUAUGAGAAUCCGGGAGUGUUCACUCGGCCUCAAGUCGAGGAGAUCAAAAAAUCGUCGCUCUCGCGCAUCAUUUGCGAUAAUGGCGACUCGUUCGAGCUCAUCUCGCAGGACGCGUUCCUUCUGCCGGGACCUCAACUCACACCGUGCUCAAAAUUGUCGGAAGUCGACUUGACGAAAUGGCGCGCGUUAUAG